CUACUAUACAGACUAUUGCUGAGGAAAUGCAGAAUGUGCACGAAUUGGGUCAAGCCUACAAAAUAAAUAAGGUACUGUGAAGUAACACGAAGUGAGUUUUAUGCUGAUCCGAAUGCCUGUGGUCCUCCACGCACUCCAGAGACAUAUGACGCGGCUGUUGCUGAUCUCCAGUCUGAAACUAUCCAAGACGUCAGAGGAAUAAAGGUGGCAUUUCUUCUUCAGUGCAAGUAUGAGUGACUCAGAGCGAACCUUCCUAGAUGUCGCCAUCACGGAAGUCCUACCAGAACUUCAAGCGGUGAACAAAAGCAUCCUGGAAGAGCACUUGCAGUCCAUUGGAGUUGAGACAAGUGAUGAUCUACUCUUCGUAACGGAGGCAGAUUUGAUGACAGUAUUAAGACCUGUACAAGCAAGAAAGCUUCUUUCUGCUUGGAAACAGAAAUACCAAACUCCAGAGAACAGCUCACUGUCAUCUGUGGAAGCCUCAUCCACCCAGUCGCUGUCAUUGCUCUCUGUUUCACCCCAAAGUCUAUCGUCGACCUCCUCCAGCAGCCCAGGAUGUGACACACAUUGGGAUGACAACUUUGAAAUUCCAUGGAGUAAACUUCCUGCAGAAGUGGUGCAUUUUCUGGAGAGGGGGAAAAGGCCUUGCCCAAAACUGAGGAGGCAAAUGGUCCGGAUUGUUGUGACUGAGAUGAUGGAAAAAUGCCCUCAUGUAGGUAGAAAACAUUCAGUUGACGUUGCAAAAAAAAUGGUGGCAAAAUAUCCCAAUUCUCUGCAAGAUGUAAUAGAGGGUGAUAUUGUUGGCGCAGGCUACCUUUCCCUUGUCAAACAGUUGCAGAACAGAAUUGAAAAUGUAAGGCGCACUUCAACACCCAAAAUAAGAAAAAGAAAACAUCAGACUGACUCAGACCACACAGACGAGAUCCCUUUGGAAGAAAGAGCAGCAAUGCAGGAUACAUACGGGUGCAUUAAAUGGAAUGUAGAAUUUCUGCCUCUUGAAGAAACUCCAGAGAGCCAACAGCAAAAGAUGGAAAAACUCAAGGUGAUGUUCCAGCAAGCUGAUGCCAAUCCAGAUGAGGUAAAAAGUCUAAUGAAGUCCACUUAUUACACACAACGUCAGCAUGUCAAUCAGGGGAAAAGUAUCAAAUGCCUUAGAGAGGAGUGGCCGUUUUGGUUUGAUGAACUUGGCAUGUCUGUCCACUUCAAGGAACUUACUGGGAUUGACCUCAAAGAGACAUUCACACAAAAUUUGGAUUUGAAGGGGAAAAGGCUUCUGGACUACAUGACCACAGUUGCUGUCAGCAAAAGCAAGGCGUUCCUUCAGACUUAUGCAAGGCUUCAGAGGAUGCGGGGACCGCAGAGUGGCUGCUCAGAUGAUGUGAAAGAGAUGGUCCUGCUUCUGCUCAGCUACUUUGAAGAGAAGGAGGAGUCCAUGCUUUUCUGUGUUGAAGAUACAUGUCUGGCAGAUGAGGUACAACUGGAGCAAGUGCCUCUGACACCCACUAUUAUUGUGUGUGGACAGUCCUGCUAUUCGUCAAGAAGAUACAUGCUGAGUAUUGAUCGGAACCUCGUCAGCACAAACAUAUCCUCCUUCAUUUCUGCACUGUGCCUCAUGUUCGGGAGCUACUACAAUUUUAACAUCCAUUAUCCAUCUGAGCUGGCUUCCACUCUAGAGUUUCUUCAGAGGUGUUUCUUCUCCAUAAACCCAGAAAAAGGAACCAAAGUAGAGAACAAAAACUCAAAGCGUCGUCUCAGUGUGAACCCUCGAGUCCUCACCCUGAUUCAGGAUCUCGCCGACCACGAGUGGCGCCAAGCCUAAAUCUUGACUCUCUGUGGACUCUUAGUUUUACUUUGUUAAUUGUGUUCCACAAUGUGUACUGAAACCUUUUACUGGUCGAAUGCAUGAAGCCAAUUCAUGAAGAUUUUCUUGCUUUGAAGGAAUGUUCUUUAUAAAAAAAAAAACAUGCUGCUACUGCAGUGUAGU